AUGAGCUACGUCACUCGCCGGGCGCUCUCGACCCUCAUCCCGCCCAAGGUCGCUUCUCCGAAGAUGAUCGGCGCCAACCCCGACGCUGUCCGUAUGCAGCGCGUCGUCAGUUUCUACGAGAAGCUCCCUCGUGGUGCGGCUCCCGAAGUCAAGCCUCAGGGCUUCUGGGGCAAGUACCAGGCUAAGCACUUCGGCAAGAACCCGACCGUCAAGCCUGUUAUUCAUGCCAUCAUUGGCCUUCUGAUCGUCGGCUAUGCGCAGAACUACUACUUCCACCUCCGCCACCACAAGAACAAUGUCCACUAA